CCUGAAAGUUUCCUCCACGCCCUCUCUCUCUCUCUCUCACCUUAUCAAAUUUCUCUCUCUCUCUCUCUCUCUCUCUCUCUAAAAGCAAACUCUGCGAGCUGAGCAGCAAACUCAGAACAGAGAGAGAGAGAGAGCGGUCGGAGGUCAGCCCUGAUGAUGGACGAAGUCCUCUGCGACGAGCUCCUCGAGGACAUCUUCACGCGCCUCCCCCCGCCCUCCUCACGCGCCGUCACUCUCGUCUCCCGCCGCUGGCUCUCCCUCUACCGCUCCUCCCGCUCCUCCCUCUCCCUCCGCCUACCCUCCGCCGUCCCCGCCCCCUCCCUCAUCCCCGCACUCUCCUCCCUCCUAUCCCGCUACCCUUCCCUCUCCUCCCUCUCCCUCCUCCUCUCCGACCACCCCACCAACUCUUGUAUCUUCUCCGAUGGCCUCCUCUCCGCCAUCGCCUCCCACUGCCCCGGUAAGCUCACUCGCCUCCGCUUCCUCGCCGGCCCUCUAAGGGACCUCUCCCUGCUUUCUUCGCGGAAAUUCACCCAUUUGACCUCCCUCACCGUCUCCCUCUCAAGGCCCCUCCUUUUCGCGUGGGUCCUUAGCUUUCCCUCGCUGAGGGAGCUCUCUGUCUCCGUCGCCGCCACCUCCGAUGGCGCCGAGGCUCAUAUCGGAGGAGACCCGGAACACGGGCCUCUCGGGAAUUCCAGGGCCGAAUUAGGGCUUGAGAGCCUCUCCUUGUCGGGGAUUCGGGGCGGCGAUCGGGGGCUCUGUUGGCUGUGGAGGAGCUGCAGGAAGCUCAAGAAACUGCAGCUCAAGAGCUGCGAAGGUAUUGGCGAUGACGCCUCUUAUUCGUCUUUUGUGCAGUGUCUGCCGAGUCUCGAGGCAGUCGAGCUCCGGACCUGUCGGAGUAUAGUCGACGGGGUCCUCUUUCAAUUGGCCGAAAAUUGCGAGUUAUUGACUUCUCUGUUAAUCUACGAUGGUGGAAGUCAUGAUGGGUUGCUUUAUUUCCUUAAUUCUUGUGUAUGCGAUCUGCAAAAUCUCGACCUUCGGCUCCCUCUCGACUUUAAGAAUGAACAUCUGUUUGCCCUCGGCUUGGAUUUCCGAGCUUUAUCAAGCUUUAGGCUUCAGAGCUGUUGCCUAGUCACCGGUAACGGUCUAAGGAUCUUCGGAAUUGGCAUGAGGUAUUGUCUCCAGGAACUUGCAUUGAUCAACUGCGACGUGCUCGAGAGAGAGCCCGGGUUGCUGGCCACAUUGGGGCAGCAUCUGAGGGAGCUGAGAAAGCUGGACCUCUCCUACAACGAGAUGCUGCCUGAUAAGGAGGUCAUAUCGAUGCUUGCCUCUUGCAGUCACCUGGUUGAUCUGAGGUUGAGAGGUUGCAAGGGGCUCGGUAAUGCCACCAUCAGUUCUGUCCCCAGGUGCUGCAGGCUCCUUGAGAGUAUCGACAUUGUGCACUGCUGUGGGGUCGAGGCCAAAGCCGUGGAGUCCCUCCUCCUCAACUCACCCAGGUUGAAGCGGGUCCAGGUUGAAGACGACAAGGUUUCUGAUGUUGCGAGGAGUUGGGCGGCAUCGAAAUUUAUUGAGGUUGUCGCCUGACCAUCAAUGAUAAAGUGAAUCAUCUGAGUAGGAGCAAAGCUACAUAUUUCUGUUAAAUUAAGUCGCCCAUGGAAACAGGUAUACAAGAUUCGAAACACUGCCUUCUCCGGGUAAGCUGUAAAUGAAUUGUUGUAACAACAGAGGGUUCGGUUCAACUGUCUAGAUGGUGAAUAAUUAUGUCCUUGUGGAAUGCUCUGGUUUAUAAAUAAAUAUCGGAUUCGGGGGGAGUCGAAAGUGAUUCUUCGUUAGCUGCUCUGGAGUUUUUCAACGAUGCAGCGAUAUGCUAUUGUCUGAUGGCUUCAUUUCUCAGAAGGGUAGUCAUCAUUUGCAGUUCCCUCUACUGUCGGGAGUGUGAUAACUAUUAUCAAAACUUGGUGAUUGAGCAGUUCCAGAUUCAAUUUCUUUAGCCCGAAAACAAAGAGCUGUUGCUCGUCCAUUUGAUUUCAUGUUUGGUGUCUGUCUCUUCGGCUGAUUAACUGCAAAGAGAUGUUUGAUUAUGUUUUUCCUUGACGACGUUGCUUGCUUGAAGGUUCAUCUACAACUACAAGCACUCUUGUAAAGCAUGUGGUUUAAAUUCCGAACAAAGCUGUGCCCUUCCACUCUGGGGCAAAAUUUAACUGGAUAAAGCCGGUUCUUCCGGGUUUUAUUUUU